UUAGACAGAAAUUUUAAACUGGAUAGGCAGACAGAUAGAGAUAGAUAGAUAGAUAGAUAGAUAGAUAGAUAGAUAGAUAGAUAGAUAGAGUCUGGAAAUCUUGUGUAUCAGGGAAACGUUCUUUAGUGAAACAUAUUAACAGGCAGGUCUGGAGAGCAGAAGGGGUCAGGAUCACAAGUAUCUCUGGAGUUGCAUGUGUAGCUCGACAGAGAGAGUGAGAGAGAGACAGAGACAGAGACAGAGAGAGACAGAGAGAGACAGAGAGAGAGACACAGAGAGACACAGAGAGAGAUUAUUAGAUAUUGUUAUAAAAUUGUUAAUAGUUGGCAAAUUGCUGUAUAAGAGGAGUAAACAUUUUGGGACAUGCUUUUCUAGGAAAAUAAUCAACUUCUUCUUCUUCUCCAAUAAGCAGCGUGGUGUUUUAUUCUGUUUAGAAUUCCACAACUGAAUAACAGGCCUAUGCUCUAAAAUAAAUGAACUGAGUAUAUAACAUUCAUGGAUGAGGGGUUAAUAAACAUGACCACAUCCAGCACAUGUGAAGAGAUUUGCGCAUGCAACAUGUGUAAAGCUGCUUGAGGAGGUGGGAGGCCCGCUGAUCGACUGCAUAGGUGUUUGAUUAGCUCUCAGGCUCGGCUCAACUCGUCUCGCUCCGCUUCUUUCACCAUUGCAACUUUUGCAGGCACUCCGCAGACAUGCCCAGUGCACACUGAAGCCCCGAGCCGCAAUCCAGCUCAGUCUCGGAGCCAAACAACUGCUCCGGUCCGUGGAGGAGAACUUGCAAGGGAUCGCUCUUUAGAAAUCCGACUAUUACAGAUGCAGUUCUGGAUGUGAUUCUCUCUCUCUCUCUCUCUCUCUCUCUCUCUCUCUCUCUCUCUUCUGUUCUCUCCCCCGAUGAACUGGCUCAGUAAUGUGGGAGACGGCGAUUCUUUCUGUCAGCGGCUCAAGAUGGCAGAUUUUUUCCUGAGUUCUGAACUGAAGCAUCUCUUCCCAUUUUUGCCAUGAAUAACAGAAACCCUUGCACCGAUGGCCCCUGUAUACGAAGGUAUGGCCUCGCAAGUGCAAGUCUUUUCCCCCCACACUCUCCAGUCAAGUGCCUUCUUUAGCGUGAAGAAACUGAAGGUGGAGCAAAGUUGCAACUGGGAUAUGACAGGGUACGGCACACACAGCAAGGUCUACAGUCAGAACAGCAAGCAGAGCGUGUCUGCUGCCCCAGUGGGCCUCAACGCCGCGUCGCUCCAGGUGUCCAACUCCUCCCUGCCAUACGAGCAGGCUCUCCUCUUCCCUGCCAGCUCUGGCCACAUUGUGGUUGCCUCGGCAAGUAGCACGUCUGGGGUGGCUGGCCAGCUUUUGGGGAGCACGGGCAGCAGUAGUGGCAGUGGCAGCGGAGGACACAACCUGACACGUCGCAGCACUGUGAGCUUGCUGGAUACGUACCAGCGAUGUGGGCUUAAGCGCAAGAGUGAGGAGCUGGACAACAACAACGGCAGCGGAAGCAGCGUGCACGUGGUGGAGGAGCUGCAGCAGCCUCCAGCAGCACCGAUGCUCCAGAACAAUGGCCAGAGCGGCCCGACGGGCACCGUGGCCACCGCCUCCACAACAGCCACAUCCAAGACCAGUGGUGCCAACAGCGAGGGGGACUAUCAGCUCCUGCAGCACGAGGUUCUGUGCUCUAUGACCAACACAUAUGAGGUGUUGGAGUUCUUAGGCCGAGGCACCUUCGGGCAGGUGGUGAAGUGCUGGAAGCGUGGCACAAGUGAGAUUGUGGCCAUAAAGAUCCUGAAGAACCACCCAUCAUACGCGCGCCAGGGCCAGAUUGAGGUCAGCAUCCUGGCACGCCUUAGCACAGAGAGUGCAGACGACUACAACUUUGUGCGGGCGUACGAGUGCUUCCAGCACAAGAACCACACGUGCCUGGUCUUUGAGAUGUUGGAGCAGAACCUGUACGACUUCCUCAAGCAGAACAAGUUCAGCCCGCUGCCCCUCAAGUACAUCCGGCCCAUUCUGCAGCAGGUGGCUACAGCGCUGAUGAAGCUGAAGAGCCUGGGUCUGAUUCAUGCCGACCUGAAGCCUGAGAACAUCAUGCUGGUGGAUCCUGCUCGGCAACCUUACAGAGUCAAAGUCAUCGACUUUGGCUCUGCCAGUCAUGUGUCCAAAGCUGUCUGCUCCACUUACCUCCAGUCCAGAUACUAUAGAGCUCCAGAGAUCAUCCUUGGCCUGCCCUUCUGUGAGGCUAUAGACAUGUGGUCCCUGGGCUGCGUCAUCGCUGAGCUCUUCCUGGGCUGGCCGCUUUACCCUGGCGCGUCUGAGUACGAUCAAAUUCGGUACAUUUCUCAAACACAGGGGCUGCCAGCAGAGUAUCUGCUGAGUGCAGGAACGAAAACUACCAGGUUCUUCAACAGAGACCCAGACUCCACGUAUCCACUAUGGAGAUUAAAGACACCAGAGGAUCAUGAGGGUGAGACAGGGAUCAAGUCUAAGGAGGCCCGCAAGUACAUUUUCAACUGCCUGGAUGAUAUGGCACAGGUGAAUGUGAGCACAGAGCUGGAGGGCAGUGACAUGCUGGCAGAGAAGGCAGACCGGAGAGAGUUCAUCGACCUGCUGACCAAGAUGCUAACCAUCGACGCAGAUAAAAGGAUCACGCCCAUUGAGACGCUGAACCAUCCAUUUGUUACUAUGGCUCACCUGCUGGACUUCCCCCACAGCACACAUGUCAAAUCCUGCUUCCAGAACAUGGAGAUCUGUAAGCGUCGCGUGAACAUGUACGACGCAGUCAACCAGAGCAAGACCCCGUUCAUCACACACGUAGCCCCCAGCACUUCCACCAACCUCACCAUGACCUUUAAUAACCAGCUCAACACUGUGCACAGUCAGGCCACCAACCUGGCUCCCUCCUCCACCAGUGCCACCCUUUCCCUUGCCAAUCCCGAUGUCUCCAUACUAAACUACCAAUCUGCACUCUACCAGCCUCCUGCAGCACCCAUGGCUGCCGUGGCACCCAGGACCAUGCCCCUGCAGCCUGGUGCCACUCAGCUCUGUGCCGCUCGGCCUGACCCCUUCCAGCAGGCGCUCAUUGUUUGCCCACCCACCUUCCAAGGGUUGCAGGCAUCCCCCUCCAAGCACAGCGGCUACUCCGUACGGAUGGAGAAUGCUGUUCCCAUAGUGACUCAGGCCCCCGGCGGUCAACCCCUGCAGAUCCAACCUGGCCUUCUCACACAGCAGGCCUGGCCCUCUGGUACCCAGCAGAUCUUGCUGCCCCCAGCAUGGCAACAGCUCACCCACACCUCUGUACAGCACGCCACAGUCAUCCCGGACUCUAUGAGCACCUCUCAGCCCCUGACCAACUGGAGGAAUUCCCAUCCCCAUGGCAGCCAUUACAAUCCCAUCAUGCAACAGCCAGCCUUGCUUGCCGGUCACGUGUCCCUGCCUUCCCAGCAGCCUUUGAACGUGGGCGUGGCUCAUGUAAUGAGGCAGCCGUCAAACAACAGCUCAUCCUCCAAAAAGAGCAAGCCACAGCAGAUGAGCAACAGGAAUGUGUCCGCCUAUGAGGUGUCCUCAUCCCAGGCGGUGUUGUCCCCUCAGCGCUCGAAGCGUGUGAAGGAGAACACACCGCCACGCUGCGCUGUGGUACAAAAUGGCCACUCUGCUCCCUGCGUCCCUGCUGAGGCCUGUGGAGGAGGAGGAGGGUGGGGAGAAGAGCAGGCAUCCAGCACAACGCGAGAGCACCACGGACCACACAACCAACACCCGCAACACAACCAACACAACCCACCUCGGCAGACCAUCAUCAUCCCCGACACCCCGAGUCCAGCUGUCAGCAUCAUCACCAUCAGCAGCGACACAGACGAGGAGGAUGAGCACAAGCAGCCCAGUAACACCAGCACAUCAUCCAAGCAGCGGAAGAACGUCAUCAGCUGUGUCACUGUCCACGACUCCCCAGAUUCUGACUCCAGCAAUAACAGCCCCUACGCUGUCGGGUCCCGAACCAACGGCCCCAACGCUAACAACUAUGAAUCUAAGGGCACAGUGCUGGACAACUACAACAACGGAAAUCCCCGAACCAUCAUCAUCCCUCCCCUGAAGAGCCAGACCAGCGAGAGCCUGACCGAGUGUGAUCGACUUGUGCCUGACACAAUGAACCACCAGAAUCCUGCCUACAAGUAUAAAUCCUCCAAUGGAGGCCUGUCAGCCAACAAUCACUCAUCAGGGGGUGUUCCCGUAGGCGGAGCAUAUCGGCAGCAACGUUCCGGGCCACACCCUUUCCAGCAGCAGCCGCUCAAUCUCAGCCAGGCUCAGCAGCACAUGGCGGUAGAGAGAAAUGGAGGCCACAGGAGACAGCAAGCCUAUAUCGCACCAACAAUGGCUGCCCAAGCUCCCUAUUCCUUUCACCACAACAGUCCCUCCCACAGCGCUAAUGUGCACCCCCACCUAGCUGCCACUCACUUAUCUGGCCAACCCCACCUUUACACGUACACCACCCCCGCUGCCCUGGGAUCCACAGGUACUGUGGCACAUCUGGUGGCAUCACAAGGUUCAGCUCACCAUGCAGUCCAACACGCUGGCUACCCGCCAAGCAUUGUGCACCAGGUACCUGUCAGCAUGGGCCAUCGCGUUCUGCCAUCCCCCACGCUGCACCAUGGCCAGUACCAGCCCCAGUUUGCCCAUCAAACAUACAUCAGCGCUUCACCCGCCUCCACUGUCUACACUGGAUAUCCCUUGAGCCCCACCAAGAUGAACCAAUACCCGUAUCUCUAGACCCGAAAACACUGGAGCCGAGUCCAACGCUGCUUCCCAUCCUCUCCCCACUAAAGACAGAGUCAGUGAGACAUGCCCAAGCUUAACGGCCCCGAACCCCUUCCCUGUCCCCGUCACGCUUAAACUUGAAGACAAUGAAGACGCUGAUGGAGAAAGAAAGAGUACUACGGGAGUGAAGGGAUGAGUUUGAAAGGAGUUUUCUUUGCAUAUGAAUUUGGUUUCCUUUUUUUUUUUCUUUUUUUUUUUUUUUUUUUUUAAAUAAAAAGGGCCAGUUCUGUUUCUUUUGGUUCUUUCAUUAUUUUCAAUAUGGAAAUCAUAUAUUUUUACAUUUAAUUUCUUUUACAGCAUGGUCACGUCUGUUGGCAUUUUGGGAGAGUUUUAUUAGCUCGUUUGUUUGUUUUUUUGGUUCCUUUUUUUUUUUCACUGACUGUUGAGCUGAGGUCAAGUGGUGGAUGAGAACGUUAUAUAAGGUGAAAUACGGAUACCUGCUGCUCUACAAAGAAAAAAAAAUAACGAUGGCCUUGAACUGUCUUAAACAUUUCCGAAUCACUUACGGUGGUGGGUGCCGCACGUACCCCGCCGUCCUCUCCUAACAACAGCUGGAAGAGUCUUCUGGAAAUAUGAGGAAAAAAAAAAAGACAAAAGACUUUCUAGUGUAUUUAUAGAUUUUUUUUCUCUGUUUGUGUUCACAUUUAGAAAAGAAAAUACUUUUGUCAUACAGUAGGACAUUUAGCUAGCUAGCCCCCCCCCCCCCUUUUAGAAUGUAGCAAACUUCACCUGCUUAUUUUAUGAAGAACCUUUCUGAUGCCAAUAGAAUUUGUUUGUUCCUCCUCUUUAAAUGUGAUUGCACAACGUUGUUGUAAUAACAUAAGCAUGUAUAACAUAAAUAGUCUGUGCACGUGUGUGCUGCUGUUGGCCAUGUGCGUGGUACACCUUCCUCUGCACAACAUUCCUCCACCGUCUUAGGUUUAUCAUUGUUCCCUUGUAGUGCCUUACACAUAUUACAACAGUUUACUUGGCUGGAAAACCUUUUAGAACCAACAGAAACUAGUUUGACCGUUGGCUUCUAGGUUGGACAUCUUUGUCUGAGAUGUUUUGUUCUUAACUUCCAGGUGUAAGCUUAGUCCUAAAUGUAAUUAGCUAGGUUAUUAUACACAACACCAUUUCGUACAACAGUGCUUCUUGUUUAGCAUGCAUGAGCUUAUUUAACAUUUAGACCAAGAUACUUCCUUGGAGUAAUGAACCAAAGUUGUCAUUCGGUAAAGAUUAGUAACAUUUUGUUACUAUAAUUAUGUAUAGUAUGUUUACUGUAUAGCGUAACUGUGUGUCUUAGGAACCUAUUCAGUGGCACUGAGCUUUGUGUUUGUUUUGUUAUAACAGCAGAUUGAUGUGAAUUGUUGGAACUGAAGCACUACAUGUGAUUCAUUUGAAAACCUGUGCUAAUACGUUUGAGUAAUAGUCAUAAAACUGAGGUUAAGGUCAAAGUAUAUUAUCUGCUAAUGAUGUCCAGUUGCAGCACAUCGGGGAGGGCUUUCUGGAGGGAGGUCAGAAGAGCAGGAGUGUUUGCAGAGCGAACAGGAUUGAACAGCCCCGGUGAGCCUGGUGCAGAAAUGAUGUUGAAACAGUAAACCUGUGAGGGUGAGCGAGCAGGUUGAGGUAGGGACAGGACCGAUUAAGGUGCUAAAAGAUGGCACUGGAUGGAUUUCGGAUGGGAAUUGUAGGGAGGAGAGAGGGAGACUAAAUUCCACAUCUUAAUGAGAAUAGCAUGUUGGCUUUGAGCAUGUCGGUAGGACCUGGAGGAAUCUGCGCUUACUAGAGGCACUGCAUGAAAACACACUACCUUCUGAUCCAAAGGGUUGUUUGGGAAGAUCCGUGCUGGUUUUUUGUGUGCUUUGAAGACUGUGGUUCUCAGCAUGAACUGAAGCCGGCAACAGUAGGGAGUGUUCACCUGAAAGAGUUGCAGAAAUUCGUUGCCCCGCUUUGUCUUAAUUAAAGGAAGAACAUGUGCUAGAUCUUCCUUUAAGAGAAAAAGGACAGCUGAUAUGGGGAGGAAAUUGUGGGCCAACGUUUUGUUUUUGUUUUGGGGGUUAUUUUUCUUCUUCUUUUUGCUGCUUGAAUUAGUGUCAGCUUGUGUUUUCGCCAAUGAUUAGGUGAUUUGACUUGAUGAGGGCACAUGCAUGUGAUUUUCCGAGUGCAUCUGAUUCUCCCCUCUCAUGUCAUGCCAUAGUACUUGCAUUUGAAGUGGUUUAAUUUUCGCAUUUUUUUGUUUAUUUUUAUUAUCAUGCUAUACUACAAAUAUAUUAUGUCAGUUAGAGAUACAUUUAGAAUAAUUGUCAAGGAUUUUUUAAUUAUCAUUAGGCUCAUUUUUAUUUGUAUUUGGUGUUGUAAUAAUGAUAAGUAUUCUUAGGGGCAUCUAGUAGUCAACAGUGUUGAUUUUGGUUGUGAAACCUUUCAUUUUUCAUUCAUCAGCUUAUCUGAUCUUUUGUUCAUUCGUAUCUGAAUGAUGUAGGAUGUCAGGACGUCUAUUGAUUUUUAAGUUGUAUUCAGCUUGUUUAAGCGCCAUACGAGCUCACUGGCCCCAGGACACUGAGACGGAGAGGUUCCUGUGUUAUUAGAAAUACAUCUAACAUUCCAUAUUAGAAAGCCUUGUCCUGUCUCACUGCACCGUCUAUAGUCUCCGGUUCUGUCUUACCUCAUGUAGACUGGCCCGUCUUACCACACGGGGACUCGUUGUCAUUCUUCCCACCAAAGAAAUUCAGUGUGUUGAUGAUGCAGAGAAUUGUCCAUCGAAGUAACGGAGGUGACGGACAGAGAAAGAACAAUCAGAUCGAUAUUAGAAAAAUUCGAGACCACAGCAUAUACAAUAAUUAUACAUAAUUUGUUCAAAAUCACAAGUAAGCUAACUGUGCAUGCUGUCACAAGCUGCUCAGUGCUUUUGUUUGAAUCCCAUUGUACAAAUCAUUUGAUUUCUACAGGUAUAAGAAAGUAAGGCCACUUACUCAUCUUAUACAUUUUAGUUACAAGUUCUUCAGCUUUACUAAUGUGAUGAAGUGAGUAUGUGAAUCGAUUAACAAAAAUAAAGCAGUACUCCAUAGUGACCUGAAUAAAAUACCAGUAACGGUCACUAGCACAAAAUGAAUGUACAAUGUGAGACUAAACAUCUCAUAUCUAUCUCUCUAUCUAUCUCUAUAUAUAGAGAGAGAUAUAACUAUAACUAUAACUAUUAGUUGAUAUAAACAGUGCCAUCUUUUUACUGUAAAUGUAAAUUUUCUUUUAAAAAAAGGAUGCAAUAUGUCUCACUAGAGCAACUUGAUUACCAUUAACAUCCACAAAAAUGUAUUAUUCAAAGUAAUGUGUCGUUUGUUUUUUUUGAAAUUUCAUUUUGUUUAGCCUAUCACAUUUAAACUGAAUGAGAUGAGCUGUAAAGCCCUGUUAGCUCUACAAAGUAGUAACUGCAAUUUUUUUUUUUUUGAUACAGGUUGCAGUACAGAUCCAGUGACCUUACUGUUACCAAAAUGUGCUAUGUCUGAAAACUAAACACCUUUUAUAUGUGAUGUAACAAUUUCAAAAUUUCAAACAAAAAGUCUUUUUAACUAUGAUUUUCUUUACACGAUCACCUCCUGGAAAUUCAUCCACAUGUCCAAACACUGCCUUCCAAACUAUGAACUCAAAGCUUUAAGCAAUGGUCAAAAUUCUUAUAUUUAAUUUUUUUUUUUUUUUUUGUGAAACUUUUUUUUUUUUUGCGUUGUUUUUAUCCAUGGUAAUGCAAUCUGUAACAGUCUUAUGGUCUCCUUCAGUUUAAAAGAAAUUUCCAGCGCCAGAUGUCCUCCUAGGUAACUCUAUGAAGCGUUUUAAUUUCCUGACAAGAGAGAAUGUUGUUUAUUACCCUAAAUAAUCUAAAUCAGUAUAAGAAAGCUUUCUGAAGCACACACUGUUGCGCAACAUCGGAGCUGAUAAAACAUCGGAGCUGUUUUGGUGACACAGUGACAGCACUUCAACAAACUUAAAGCCCUUUUGUUAAGUGUUUGAAAAUGUGGUGUUUGUGGUGUUUGUUUUUUUUCAUGGCGUGGGUUAAAACAGAAUGGUCACAGGUUUAAUGAAGUCAUUCAUCUAUGGCUAAGAGGCCAAAAUAUAGAAAUGGCCAUUCUCAAUACUUUUUAGAACCAAAAAAAAUCUAAAUAAAAACCAGUUAAUGAUAUUUAAAACCCCUGGCAGAGGUCUAAGUAUGGAGUUUAAUUUGUAACCUUGGUCAGAUUAUCAGUCAGGUAAAACCAUCAUGGACUUAAACCUGACUAUCUAAACAGCUCUAAAAGGGUCUUGUAUUACUUCACUAAUGUAAAGGUAAAGGCGUACUAGCUACAGUAUAUCCUAUUCUCCGUGCAGACGGUGCUACAGACACACUCGAUCAGACACAAAUCUGUCAGAUCCAACCUGACAAAACGACAAUUCAUCACCACAGUAAUCCAUUAUGUAGCUGUGAUGCACUGUAGCCAUUUGUGCAGCCAUGUAUGACAUGAACUUUUUUCUACUUGCACAGCAACAAGAAACAAGUCAAAUGUAAACUAAAUAUUUUUCUAUAAUAUCUCAAGACCUAAGAAAGCAUCGGACCCUGACCCUGAUUUUUUGGUGUCUUUUUUUUUUUUGUGUGUGUGUCUAUUGCUGUAGGGUUUCUCAAUGGUGUAUCUUAUUAGUUGUUGUCAAAGCUAUUGUGUGCUGCAGUAUUUUCAAGUAUGUUUCUUUGUUAACGUCUUCUUUUGUUUAUUUAGCUUUCUUUAUUGGGGAUUUGAAGAAGUGUGAAGUCUCAUUAUUUCAAUCUGUUAACGUAGCGCUAUGUGUACCCUGUACCUUAGACUAAUAUUAUUAAGUAUGUUAUGAGAAUGGAUAUUUUACUGGCUUUAUAGAAUGUUAAAAAUGAAUAUAAUAAUGAUAAGAAGAAGAACGAUUUAACUCCAAAAAGUCGAGUACUUGCUAACUAAGCGCUUGUGUUACCAUUAAAGAUGUUGUGUGCUUCUCUUAAUUUUCGUUGUAGAAAAAUUGAGCGAGUUUUUAUUAGGCUUCGACAACUAACGAUAGCAGUGUAAAUUUAUGGAGGAUUUUAACAAACAUCUGGGUUAUAGAAGAAUAUAGUUAUUUUAAUUGUUCUAUUUACUAACUGUAGGGUGAGAAGGGGCUCGCAUUGUGGUGAACUAUGUUAUAGCUUGUUAUUCACUGUUACUUUUGAUCAUUUUUUCGGUCUCCAAGGUGAAUCGAGUUAUUAAUGAGAAUUUGUAUGCUCACAUAUGCAUAUUGUAUAUGUGUAGAAAUGUAAUCACACUUUGUCUUGGAUUUACAUUAAACUGUCACAGCAUUAA